AUGCGGGCGGAGGAGCCGCUGGCGCUGGCGGCCCCGCGGGCGGGAGGAGGAGGAGGAGGAGGAGGAGGAGGAGGUGGUGGUGGUGGUGGUGGUGGUGGUGGAGGAGGCGAGGCGGAGGCGGAGGUGCCGGGCGAGGAGCGGAGCGGCGGGAGCUGCUGCAGCAGCGAGCGGCUGGUGAUCAACAUCUCGGGGUUGCGGUUCGAGACGCAGCUGCGGACCCUCUCCAUCUUCCCCGACACGCUCCUGGGGGACCCCAGCCGCCGGGUGCGCUACUUCGACCCGCUCCGCAACGAGUACUUCUUCGACCGCAACCGGCCCAGCUUCGACGCCAUCCUCUACUACUACCAGUCCGGGGGGCGGCUUCGCCGGCCGGUCCACGUGCCCCUCGACAUCUUCCUGGAGGAGAUCCGCUUCUACCAGUUGGGCCAGGAGGCCAUCGAGACCUUCCGUGAGGACGAGGGCUUCAUUCAAGAGGAGGAGAAGCCCCUGCCCCAGCACCACUUCCAGCGCCAGGUCUGGCUGCUCUUCGAGUACCCUGAGAGCUCCGGGCCGGCCCGGGCCAUCGCCAUCGUCUCCGUGCUGGUCAUCCUCAUCUCCAUCGUCAUCUUCUGCCUGGAGACCCUGCCCGAGUUUCGCCAGGAGCCCAAGGGCGUCCAGCCCGGCUUCGGGGAGGCGGCACUGCCCGGAGACGAGGCUCUGCUGCUGCCGCCGCCGCCGCCGCCGAGCGGGACUCCGCCACCCCUGCGCCCGGCCGCCGGCGCCGGCCCCUUCUUCACCGACCCCUUCUUCCUCAUCGAGACCCUGUGCAUCAUCUGGUUCUCCUUUGAGCUCCUCGUCCGCUUCUUCGCCUGCCCCAGCAAGCCCGAGUUCUCCCGCAACAUCAUGAACAUCAUCGACAUCGUGGCCAUCAUCCCCUACUUCAUCACCCUGGGCACCGAGCUGGCCCAGCAGCAGCAGCAGAAGCAGCAGCCCGGCGGCAGCAGCAACAAUGGGGGCCAGCAGCAAGCCAUGUCCCUGGCCAUCCUCAGAGUCAUCCGCCUGGUCAGAGUCUUCAGGAUCUUCAAGCUCUCCAGGCACUCCAAGGGGCUGCAGAUCUUGGGGAAGACUCUCCAGGCCAGCAUGAGGGAGCUGGGCCUCCUCAUCUUCUUCCUCUUCAUCGGCGUGAUCCUCUUCUCCAGUGCUGUCUACUUUGCAGAGACUGAUGACCCCGACUCCCUGUUCACCAGCAUCCCUGAUGCUUUUUGGUGGGCGGUGGUGUCCAUGACCACCGUGGGCUAUGGGGACAUGUAUCCCAUGACAAUCGGUGGCAAGAUUGUGGGCUCCUUGUGUGCCAUCGCGGGUGUGCUCACCAUCGCCCUGCCUGUCCCCGUCAUCGUGUCCAACUUCAACUACUUCUACCACCGAGAGACUGAUCACGAAGAGCAGUGCCAGUACACCCACGUCACCUGUGGCCAGCAGCAGUCACCCUUCUCCGAGCCCAAGAAGGGGGACAGUAAUCAGUCUCUCAGCAAAUCUGAAUUCCUGGAGGCAGAAGACCUGGAGUCCAUGAAAUAUUCCAACUUCAUUCCUCCCAACAACCAGGGUUAUAAAGAGAAGAAAAUGCUGACAGAGGUGUGAUCGGUUUUGUUAGCCUGGGUCCAGACACAGAGCUGCAAGCUGCUGCUGCACAGCCGUCUUCCUACUAGCAGCUGGAUCUUUUCAGCAUUUACAUGCCAGACUGUGAACUGUGAUACCGUAAACAGAAUGAUUGUGAUAAUGGGCUCUUCUGUCCCGAUUUGCUGUUUCUCAUUACCGUGUGCAGGCGGAAAUGUUCUUGCUUUAUUCCGUGGAGCGCUAGCUGUCAUCCCCCACUCCCUCGUGCAUUUCUUUCUCUGUUUUUGAAGACUGCUUUAAUCCAAUGUUUGCUCUGAAACCUAGCCUUCCUACUCCACUAGCAGAGAAGCCCUUGCCACUACUUCGGCUGAAGGAUUCGGCAGGGAGUAAACAGUUAAAGGGGCUACAAACAUCUGGCUCGAGCUGUGCCCUUAGUUCCUGUGCCAGCGCAGUGCCCUUGGCUGGGGGAUCGGUCACGCCUGCCAUGCCAUUGCCUUUGAAUAAUGGAAACGCUGUAGCCAGCAUCACAGCGAGUUCUGCAGCUGUAGGGGAAAGUCAGCAGGCAGCCGCCUGCCUCCUUUGCAACUCUUGGCAUGCUAAAGACCCUCUUGGUUUGUGUUUCAAAAAAGGUGCAUAGGUCUAAAAGCUCUUUGUUACUUGCGACCAUAUACCGUUUACCAAAAACAGGCUUAUAGAAAUCAACAGGCUUGGUGAAGAUGCUCUGUGUUUUGAGCUUGCUUCAGCCUUAUUUAUGCCAGUGCCCUGAUGUUAAUUGGCUUUUACAGUACCAACUUAAUCUUCAUAGUGGUAAGUGCCUUCUGAUGCAAGGCACAUUUGAGUAAAAUCGUUUGUUAUCUCCACAGUUUAUCGCCACACAAUAGCGUUUAAUGAGAUGUACUUUAUGCUUCCGAUACCCAGUUCUGUAUUCAGGCACGUGAGAGCAAUUGACUCCGCUGCGUUUUUAUUGAAGCGUUUGUAUAGCUGAGGGAAGUUUGCACGUUGGUAUUUUGUUGACAUUGCUGAAACACCCUGACCACAGACAGCUACACUUGUGCUGUCUGAAGAUUGCACUGAUUUAGCAGGUCACAGGCAUAAAUUGCCCCAGGGUAAGUGUGUCAACAUUUGAGAUUUAGGCUGGCACGGAUACAAACUUCCCUAAGCCAUCUGCACAAACCCAACAGCAUACCCCAGGCCUUUCAAAUGAGGGGAGGAACAGCUAGCCUUGAAGAGGUGCUUUUGCUGUAUUACUGAUCUAGCCGAUUCCUGGUAUUUCGUGGAUAGAAGGCACAGCAAUGUCUUUUGCACGCACUAGGUUUUACGAGAGCGACUCAUGCUAGCAAUGCAAAAUGCAUCGCUUGGCCUGCAGUGCUGGGUUUGCCAAGGGACCAGAGAUUUGCAUCUUAAGACGCACAUUUUGCUCCCCAGAUCAUUUCCCUUUUUUAAUCAGCUCUGCCUUACAUCUAACUUUAAAGUGUUUCAAAUGCUGCCAGUGGAUGAGAAGGGGAAAUGGAUGCUUUCAGAUUCUAUUGGCAAAUUUUCCUGCAAGGAAAAGUCUUUCUUGUUUUAAAUCUGAGUGUAUAUUCUGCAUUCACGUGUGCAUGUGUAUGAAAGCAAAGGCAGCCAUUAAUGCCUUGCGUCAUACUGUAUGAUAUGCAUAUUAGAAUGUACUACAUAUUGCAUGUGACACAUGUAAUACAUAAACCAGACAUAAUAUCAAGAUGCAAAAUAUAUAGAAUACAUUUGAUGUAUAGGUAUAUAUUAUGCUUUUCAACCAUAAGGCUAAGAAUGCUAAAGGCAUACACUUUAAUAUAGUCACAACUGGCUACAGAGCUGGUUGUGAGAUGGGAUCUGUUUGCAUCUUCGUUACCCUGCUUGUUUUUCUUUGUCUUGAGAUCUGGCUCCAUGCCUAGAGUGCUUUUAUUGUGGCCUCUCCUCAUCUGGGCCCUGAUCAUAUGGUAGAAGUUGUUUGUGUAAAUCCUAACUGCUGCAUUUCUCCAGAGUCCCGUUGUCUUCUCAAAGGUUUUUAAUGUGCAGGGAUCUCCCUCGGGGUCAGCACGCAACCAUUACAUUAAAACCUCUGUUCUCUCUCUCACUGAAAUCAGUAGCAAAAUGCCACUUGUCUCAGUUACUGCAGGUCAGUCUGGGAGACACAGGUGUGAUGCGGUGAGGGCUCUAUAGCUGAGAGGAGUUUGCCUGAAUACAUAGGUGCCUAAUUCCUCUUUGGUUCGUCGGGACCGAGGCAAAUGUCUGUGACUGUGUGGGCUUUGGGAGCCUUCCUGCAUCCCUUGAAGCACGUAACCAGCCGGUGGGUAAGUAAGCCUGGCUUACCUAAGUAAGUGGGACUGAGGAAGGAUCAGCGCGGUGGCAUCUCUGCUGAUACUGUGUAAAAAGUUGUCUUGGUCAGUGAGUUAAUUCAGUAAAAAGCUGCUGUUGUUCUUAGUUGUGUUUCAGGGUCACUGUAAUGAAAUCUUUUCUGUGAGUGCAAGAGAGUGACUCUUCAAAUUUUGUGUUGCCCUAGCAGAUGCCCUAGCAACUAGCAAGAGAACCUGCUAUUUAAGAGGGAUGUUUCAAGGCUGCUGCUGUCUCCUAGCAGAAUGCCCAUGUUUGGGGUUAUUUUAUGCCUGAGUGUAUCAGCUGAUAAAAGUUUCCCCAAAGUAAGAUAUAAAAAACUCAGGUUAAGCACAAGUUCAGGAGGAGGCAUGAGGCACGCUGAGCCUACGUCAGAAAAUUCCCGUGCUUUUUUCUUCCCUUGGGCCUGACCCCGUUGCUCCUGCCAGGCAGGAGCCCUCCCUGCUCAGAACAGGUUGUUCUCCCGACCAGCACGACAGACGGCUGGGCAGGGAGACUCCGGCAAAAAAACAGAUGUGAGGCAAAUUACUGGUAGCAUAAUCCCAGCGUGUCUUUUGUAAAGAGAUUUCCUGCUCUCAGGUGAAAUUCAGCAGUGAGUUUCUAGCUGGAGCGUUGCCUGCACACAGACACGUGCACGCAUGCACAUGCAUACACCAAACACCCGCGUGGAGGAACCUUGUCGCAAACAGACAGCUUUGUGCGGUUUUUGCAAUCCACAGUUUUUGGUUCUGAAAAGAAGGUGCAAAUGAAAAUGUGGAAGACAGGAGUGGUGGUUGCUCCCUGGGUUUCCUGUGUUAGAGCUAAGAGAAAUACAAAAAGCCAGCAGAAGCUUGGAAGCUGUAACCUGGAACUUAUGUUUAGGCAUGUAAAUCCUUCUCUAAGCAUCUCGUGAAAAGCAAGGCAGUGAAGUCCCAGAGUCAUCAAUAAUACUAUAUAUUAUAGAACUUCUGGAAUUUGGCAUUUUUAUUAAGGAGCCUGCAGAAUUUUUUCAAGUGACUGAAGUGACAUAGUGGCACACAUGCCAUCGACUUUACAGAGGACUCGUGUCGCCAAAUCACAGAGAUGCUUUCGAAAAUCUCGCCUCGGAUUCUUAGCUCUUAGCACUCACUCCUGGAUGUUCGAAACACGAAUCUGUCUGUCUGUCUAGCUGUUUCCUUCGGAAGGCAGAGCGCAUCCUCGUGAAGCAAAGUAGGCACCUCCAGGGACUUGUUUCCAUAACAACCUCCCAGACUUUCUCUCUACCCUGUGACUUUGGCUACAAGCAAAAGCACUCGUUGAAUAUUUUUCAGUUCACAGAUAUUAGUACCUUACCUUUACAGCUGUUUGCUUACUGAAGAUGAUCCCAUCACCUUAUAACAUGUACAACUGUCCUGUCCAACUCCAGACAGACAGUUAUCAUUGUUUGAAAGCAGAGAGUGCAAACCAGGAGAUGGGAGGGGAUUUUUAUCGGUAUAUCCUUGUGCACAGAGAAAUGGGGAGUGUGUGAAGGGCAAUCUGAGGACUCGCAGUCAAGGAGCUGAGGGGCAACUGGCCUGUGAAUGUAGAGCCAUCCUGGAGCCCGGUGACAAGGAAUACAAGCUAAAGCAUCACAUUAAAAAAAGCAGAAACUCCUCUUUCAACAAUCUCACUAGGAAAUAGUUUGGCUGUGGAAGAGACUAUUGCUCCUUCCGGAACCCUUGGCUGUUCCGUGCUAGUCGGUUGCCCAGAUAAUUUUCCCACAGGAUGUUUUGCAGCAAAGCGGGACAGGGCGGAAAUCAUCUUGUUGGAGGUGGGGAGGGAAGGAAAGGAAAGGAAGAAUUUUACUGAGGACACCUUUUUUUAAUCCGCACUCAUCAACCACACAAAAGACUGUAAGCGUGAAAGGCAUGGAGAGCUGUUUAGCGGUAUUUCAAAGUCUACAUUACUGGUGGAUUCCUGCAGUUACCUCCAAGAUGAAGCUCCUAUUCUGUUGCUGUUUGGAAAAUGUUGCAAUUUGGGAUUUCUGAGCAAUUUUCUGUUUCGGCCCUGUCCCUUUUGAUCCAGCUUCCAUGGAUAAAAAUUCACUGCUACGGCAGCUGUGGGGGUGAAGGUGACUGGACUUGGUGUUCUUUCCUGGGCCCUCCCGUUCAGCAUACAGAGAUCCCUAUGGAGAUAAAGAAGAAUGAGUAUAAAGGAAAUUCAGGGCAGCAAGACACAGGGUAAGGACUGAGAUGUCUUCCAUACUGUGAUGGAAAGAAUAGCAUCAACCCUAAAAGCAAAGGAACAAACAGCUCCAGCGUCUGCUGCUAUAGCAGAAGUAGGUCCUGUUUACAUCAGGGAAAGAUCUGCAGAUUACAGCAGGAGUUAACUACAGCUUUCCCAAAAGCUCUCAUCUGACUUGAGUCCAAGCUGGAUUCUGGAUGCUGCAAGGCUGUCACGUCAGGAUGCUGCAAAGGACGUUGUUGCAUCUUCUUACUGUAGAGUUGGUGAAGUUUCCCUGUGUGCGGGGAAUACAACAUUUAUGGACAGGAAACUGGUUUCCUUGCUUUCUGGUUUUCUUGUUGCUGUUGUUUUUAAACAGGUUAACACUCUUAGUUCCAGGAAACUGAAACUAGAUGUAAACAAGGGUUGAAGGGAGGAGGCAGGGAGAAUCCCAUACAAGAUUCAAAUGUGUCUCAUUUCUGGGAAAACUAAAUAAAGCAGGAUUCAGUUGCCAGUAGCUAAAUAGCAACAAUUUAUGAGCUGUUCAUCAAAAACCCCAGACAAGCACCGAGUCCUGUGGGAAGCUGGAAAUUGUCACAGGGCACCUCCAAAAGGCUCCGUUGUUGAAACUUUUAAACCUUUUUUCAAGUGGAGGAUCCAGUCCUGGUAAAUGCGUAAGGUCAGCCCUUAGAAGAGCAAAUAGCUUUCUCUAGAUAAUCAAACAAGUGGCCAAAGUGUCCAUUUGUCUGCCUGUCUUUUGGCCUUGGAUUACUGUGCUAUUUAAAACUGUGUUUUAAUAACUCAGAUAAAUGGUAGAUGUUCCACAUAGCUCUACAAGUAGUAAUCAUCCUGUUCAUGCAUAAUAUCUGAUAUCUAAGGGAUGGGCCCAAACUAGAGGUAUUUCUCAUUUACCUAUGAAGCGUCUUGCUUUAGCGUAUGUACAGUCAAUUCUUGUUGUGAACAUGUGAGUCCACUGCCUGCUCUAAAGGAGGUGGUGACUUAGUUUCAGUGGCUGUAGAGAGCUUCACUGAAAUAGCCCUGUUUGUAGUCCUUCAUGUGUUUUAGAAGGCACAAUAGCCAGACAGUUCUGAAAAUGUAAUGUAAUUGUGUGCAGUGUUCCCAGAAAAUGCUCUGAAGUCUUUUCCCGUUGCACCAUUGUGAUAAAAACCUCUGUUGCUCUUCAAGCUCCACAAGUCCACGCUGUGCCGUGCUGAAACUGAUAGAAAACCCAAUUAGCACUGAAAAGUGAAGGGCAGAGAGGGAUGCUCUGGCCUGGAAUCCCCUCCUUUUGGCAGCAGCAAAGGUCAGUCCUGCAGCCAAGUGUCCAGAACCGAAUGUGGAACUGCUCUGUGCGUGUUGCCAGCUCUCUGCAUAGGAGAGUGGGAGAGUGGGUAGAAAGAAUUGGCUCUGGGAAGGGAGCGACUGAGAGGAAGAGUGGUGUAAAGGAUACCCUGAGCGUGAUGACCGGGAUUUUCAGAAGGUACUCUGAUGGAUGCUGGGCAUCCAGCUUCCCUAGGACUCUUUAUCAGUAACACCCUCUACAUUUUCAUGAACGGCUUUUAGCCUGUCUGGCAGUCGUCACAGUCAAUGUGUGAGGGAAAAGAGGUAGAAGGCAGCUUUAAUUCGGCAGCUUUCGGCACCUGUAACAGCCUAGGACUGUAGUACUGCCUUGUAGCUGCUGGCUGAGCGUCUGAUCCUCUGAUGAGCUGUGACUUCCCGACUACCUGUGACUCAAACAGGCUUGUAGGACUGGGCUUACACAAACCCUGAGGUGCCAGAUCCAAAGAUGCUUUUGGAGCAGGUCUGCUCAGUAGGCCUGAGCGUGGAUGUGAGCCCACAGUUCUCAGGAGGCAACAUUCACUCCGCGUUCAUAUUGUUUGGGCGCAAACAAUACAGAGGCCUACUCUACGUCUCAGUGCGGCCCAGCAUGCAGUGUGGGACAUCUCUGAGUCACUGGGUAUCCUGAUGCGUGUGGCAAGGCUGUGUGACUGACCACGGGUAGCCAGAGCUGCCAUGGACCCUUUUUGCAAGGGCAGUUGUCUUCAGAGUCAACUUAAGUGCAGGCUGCGUUUAGAAAGGUGCAGAUAUGCUGCAGAAGUCUAUGGGUACCCUUCAGAUACAUGGCACGCAGGUCAGAGACUUUAGACCAUGCUGUGUGCCAGCACAAACAGCAGGGAUGUUAGUUACAGGAUUGCUUUUCUUUUGCCGGGAAACCUUGCUCCAGUGCAUUAUUUCAAGGAAGGCAGUUGGGAUUUGUAGGCCAGAUCAUGUGGUGAGAUAAGUAAUUCCAGCUUCCUUAUUGGAGCUAAGCUGAUUUAUACAAGUCUGGUCCAACAUUUCUGAGAAAUUGUAGGGGUAGGGUUUUUUUGUUUGUUAGUUGCACUGAAAACCUGAAGCCUUUCAAAUAAAGGACAUGAAGUAAACAGAAUUUUUAGAUGGAGCAUGUGCUUCAGGCUGGCUGCUGGAUUCAGACUUUGAGAAUACAAGUUCCUUGCAGAGAAUCCCACACACAGUGGGAGAAGAGGUUAUUGGGCUUGAAAGUUGACCAAAUAGAUGGGACUCAACCGAGCUUUGAACAGCAAUCAUUGUCCUUAUUGGUGAUGCCAUAAUAUGCGCUUGACUCAAACCCAACGUUGCACAGGCCAGAACCUGAUGAAACCAUGUAACUAGAUAUUUGUGAUUGUUCCUACCAGUGUGAUCCACUGUUAAAUAGGCUAGACAUAUGAAUAAAUUCAAUAUUUUUUAAA